AUGCCCUCCAUAGACGAGAAAACGAGUGUUACUCCAAGCACCGGGUCAGACUCAGAAAGUGUCAACUCUGAGACCGCAUCCAGCCUAUCGUCAACUUCCCCAUCCUCUCCUUUCGGACUGCCUUUAGACUUUGAAAACCUCAAUGGAACUGUUUUGACAUCUCCACACACGCUGGUGGCCUCCGUGGUUUACUUUCUUUCUGAGAAUGUCUUCUCAUAUGCUGCACCGGGUGCUGAUGCCGCUUUAGAUGCUCCUCUCCAACUAUGGAGAACUUUUCAGAGAAAAAACUAUCAGGGUGUUGUUCCUGAGUUGAACAGAUUCCAGGUCAGAUCGGGUGCUUCUAACGCUUUGCUCGGAUAUGUCUCUCAAUCGGAAACGAUUCCGGUCUCGGUUUUCGCUGCGGGCUCUGCUUUGAACUACAUGCUUCCCACGCUGUCUAAGGCUGGAUCCAAGCUUCCAUUGGCUCUGAACGUUGCCGCCUUGGAUUACGAUACCACUACCAGCACUCUGGUUCCAGACUACUUGACUCCAAUCUCUACAGCCAGAAGUUUGGGCUGGCAGGUGAUCACUCCGUUUGACGCAAACGAGGCCCAGUACACCUCCAUCCUGGCAUUGGCCCUCUCUCGCGUUCAGACCACCGUCAACUUGUACGACGGCCCCAAUUUUUUGAGAGAAAGUGGCCUGACUAAAAAUGUGAUCACCAAAGACCAAUCUGCUCGGAUUUUCAAGGCCUUGCUGGAACAGGUCCCAACUUGGAAAACAUUGCCUGCUUCUAAGAGGGUCCAUGCUGCAUUGAAAGCUUUGAACGAAGUCUCCGGUGUCUCACCCAUCAAAUCGUUUGAAUAUUCUGGUCAUGCCACUCCUCAGACCGUGUUCGUGACCUAUGGUUCUGUUGAAAGCAAAAUUUUGCUGAAUACCGUAGCCAAAUUGGGAGCCGCUAACGUCUCUGUGGGUGCAGUUGCGGUCAGAGUUCCUUUGCCUUUUGACUCGGAGUCUUUUGCUGCUGCAAUUCCAGCGACUGCGCAAAGAAUAGUUGUGAUUAAUCAGGUCUCUGGUUCUUCUUCGUUCUUGAAACAAGACGUGGCUUCAGCGUUGUAUUUGGAGAGAGGACCUCAGAUUAGAGUCGAAGGUUACCAGUACGCUCCAAGCCAUGUCUGGUCCCAGUCCUCGAUGCAGUCUAUUAUUAGCUCAUUUGUGGUUGUUCCUGAAGCAUCUUCAACUUCUCCUUCUUCUGGGAAUUUUCUUUUCUGGUCCAAGGACAACGCCAAGUUGGUUGAUCUGCCUUCCAAGCUGGCUCAUUCUCUCUCUCUGGACCCAUCCAACCACGUUAGAUACAGAGCCAAAUAUGAUAAUGUUGCUGCUGCUGGAAUGUUCCAAGCCCAGAUCACUACUUCGGACUUCCAUGCUGGCGAAAUUGACGCUGCAGAUGUAGUUGUGGUUGAGAGUGCCGAGGUGCUGGAUUCGUUUAACGUUCUGUCCAGUGCCAAAUCUGGUGCUACAGUCUUGCUUGUCUCUUCUAAAAAAAUCGAGGACAUUGAGUCGUAUGCUGAGUCGCUUCCCGCUGCCUUUAGACGUGCUUCUGUCAAGCGCAACGUCAAACUCGUUGCCGUUGAUCUGGAGUCGGUGGGUGAAGAAGAAGCUACUCAAGGCCGUACUGCAGCCAUUGCUCUCCAAACAGCCUUCUUCAAGGCUGCUUAUCCAGCCGCUGAUAAGGGCUAUAUUGUUAACAAGGUUCUUGCUUCAGCAGGUGCUGAAGCCGAACUUUUGGCCGUGGUUAUCGCUACUUUGGUCUCCAAGGUUGAGGAGGUUGGUAUUAAGCAAUUGUCCACCAAGAAGGAGUGGGCCGAUGCUGUUUCCGAGGAAGAAACUGUUCUUCCUAACCGUUUGCUGGAAACUUCUUUUGAGGCAAAUCCAAGAUACGAGCCAUCCCAUGAUGCUCCAGCCUUGGAAAGCUCUAACGAAGCCAAAAAGAGGGUUGUCUUCAAAGAGAGUUUCAACACCCAGAGCCAACUUAGACCAGACUUGCCUGUUCGCAACUUCGUGGUGAAGGUCCAAGAAAACAAAAGAUUGACACCUGCUGAAUAUUCUCGUAAUAUUUUCCAUAUCGAGUUUGAUAUAACUGGAACUGGGCUCACCUACGAUAUUGGUGAGGCUCUCGGUAUUCAUGGAAGAAACAACACUAAGGACGUCGGUGAAUUUUUGGCCUCUUAUGGUUUGAAUGGCACCGAUCUCAUACAGGUUCCUCACAGGGAAAAUGCCGAUAUGCUUGAGACCAGAACCGUAUUCCAAGCCUUCACUGAGAACCUGGAUAUUUUGGGUAAACCACCCAAGAGAUUUUACGAGGGUUUGGCGGAAUAUGCAACUGACUCAGGUGAGAGGGCCAAGCUGGAACACAUUGCCUCGGCUGCCGGUGCGUCCAUCUUGAAAGAGUAUCAGGAAGAAGAGUUUUACACUUACGCGGACAUCCUUGAUUUGUUCCCUAGUGCCAGACCUUCUGCCGGUGGAUUGGCCCAGUUGAUCGCUCCUCUCAAGAGAAGAGAGUACUCCAUCGCCUCUUCGCAGAAAAUGCACCCAAAUGCCGUUCACUUGCUCGUGGUUGUUGUCGAUUGGAUCGACAAGCGUGGCAGAGUCAGAAGUGGACACUGUUCCAAAUACUUGUCUGGUCUGAGCGUUGGCACCGAAUUGGUGGUGAGCGUCAAGCCAUCCGUCAUGAAGCUUCCACCUCUGUCUACCCAGCCUAUCGUCAUGGCUGGUUUGGGUACCGGUCUUGCUCCUUUCAAGGCUUUUGUCGAGGAGAAAUUAUGGCAAAAGUCCCAGGGUCUGGAAAUCGGAGAAAUCUACCUUUAUUUGGGUGCCAGACACAAGAAGGAGGAGUAUCUGUACGGUGAGCUAUGGGAGGCCUACCUGCAUGCAGGAGUCAUGACGCGUGUGGGUGCGGCGUUCUCAAGAGAUCAAGAAUUCAAGAUAUACAUCCAGGAUAAAAUCCGCGAGGAUCUCACUGAGCUCACCGAGGCUAUUUCAGACAAAAACGGUUCGUUUUAUCUGUGUGGCCCUACAUGGCCUGUUCCAGACAUUACUGCAUGCCUGCAGGACAUUAUCACCAACGAUGCUGCUAAGCGUGGAGUCACCGUGGACUCAGCCCACGAGGUUGAGGAAAUGAAGGAGACUGGUCGUUAUGUGUUGGAAGUUUACUAG